UGUCAGUUCGGACAUAAGGUCGCGUGAAGCUGGCGGUGGAGUAUCAGCCACCACCACUCGGUCUGAACCCUGGCCACCCUGCUGUGAGCGGUGGCCAGCCCAGGUUCACACGACACUCACAAACCCAGCUCCAGCUACUGCGAGGACAGGAUGUCAGUGACGACAUCGGCGUCGGAGGUGGAGCCCAGCCGCGGGCGCACGGCCGACAUCAUUGACCUGGACCGCUACAUGCGAGCCUCCGUGAGGCCCUCCGCCGCCACCCGCGGCGAGCGGUUCGUGGUGGACGGUGGAGUGGCGGGACGACGCCGCGUGCUGCCCGCCGGCCGGAGCGAGCCCAGCUCUAGCAGCGGGGAGGGGGGCGGGGGACGCUCCAAGCGGGUGUCGCACGACUCCGGCGUGUCGGACGGCAGCUACGUACGGCGCAAGCAGCGAAGCCGCAAACGCAUAGUCGAACCGUGCGCUAGAAGUCGAGAAGGGACGGUGAGCCGGCACUCGUCGUCGUCGCUGCGUGAGUUCCGCGCGGUCUGUGAGAAAGCUCUGCGCGAGCAACAGGAGCAGAUCUCGCGCGUGGCGCAGCUCUGUGAGAAGCUGGCAACACCACCCCCGCCCCGCCCUCCCGAAACCGCGGCCGCUCCGCACAAACACGAGUCGACUAAGAAAGUGAAGUGCGUGGCCUCAUCAACCGACAGCAGUGUUAGUUACAGCAGUCGGACUUCUGACAAACGGAAAGCUAAACAUAAGCCGGACUCGUGCAAGACGUACCAGCUGAUAAUGACAAAGUUGGAUGACUUGGGGCGUGUGUUUGCGACGCGGCGUGCGAUCGCCGGUCAACCCCUGAGCCCUGCGGGUCCCCUGUACCCCACGUACCCCAAGCACCUCACGCCCCGCCCACUCUACGUGUCCUCGGGCUCGGUAUCUGUGUGCGAUAAGCUGGUCUCCACGGAGCCCAUGAAGUACGCGGCCGAUAAACAGGUGACACUGACAAGCAAGUCUGCGGUGGUAUCACCAUCUCGGCUGGCAAUCGCGCGCACCAACCAGCUGGACAUUAUGCCUGAACAUCCUCGACGUAAUAAUAUUGUGGUGGAAAGUGUGGUUGAAAGCGGUGCGUUCGAGUCCCAACCCGCCGGCGAUCACGACGACGAACAAAGCACGGCAAAGGGCUGCGACAGGCCCGGGGGGCGCACCCCCUCGCUGUGUGCGAUCUGCCGCAGCUACUGGCGCGCCGUAUGCCGGCUCCUGCCCAGCUACUUUACCAAGCAGUGCUGACUGAAUCGGCACACCGCUGCCGGGAUAUCCUUGUUGCUCUACUGGGCAGCAUCCGCGAGCACAAUGCCUGUGAUAUAGACCCCCUAAGACCCUUCAGUUACUUUGUCAUAAGUCAUAUACCCCUCCUCGCUGGAGUGUCGUCUCACAUUUUGCCUCUGACAGAAUUAACAGCAGUUUUAUUAAUUUUAUAAUUUAUAUCAUUAAAUUUAACACUGAGAACACAAAGCAAUAAUUAUGUUACCAUAAUAUCGAUAUCGACUAUACCUAUAUGUAAAUAUAGAAUAUUUUAGUUGUAUUUUAAAUUAUUUUCAUAUUUCGACAUGUCCCGUCGUGAACUUAUGACCCUUUUUGAAGUGUGACGAAAUAAUUUAAUAUUA